AUGGCGAGGCGCCUGGAUAGCUUAUUGGAUGGAUUAUCCCUCCGUGACUUAACAUCAAACAACGGAGUUAUACUGGAAUUCGAUGAUGACUUUAAAGCGUGCGAAGACAAUGAGGAAUUUAAUUUUAACUCGGAAGUACCGUUGACUAACGAGGAAGUAUUGAAUCUCUUAAACAUGGAAGAUUUUCUGGACGAAGAGGAUACCGAAGAUUCUAAAGACUGUAUGAUGACAAUUUGUGGUAUCAGCUUCGCAUCUUUGAAGGAUAAGAUGUUCGAUCUUACGGAAGACGGAAAGAUCAUGAAAUUGAUUAAAAAGGAGGGUAUCGGAAAUACAGUGCCAAAGGAUGCACAAGUCACAGUUAAAUACAUAGGAUACUUUGAAUAUCGAGACGAUCCUUUCGAUUCUAGUUUUACUCGAGGCGGUUCUGACAUAUUGCGCCUUGGUCAAGGUACGCUGAUACCAGGCUUAGACUAUGCUAUAUCGUCAAUGAAGAAGCAUGAAGUGGCUGUAUUCAUCAUACAUCCAGAUUUGGGAUAUGGGCAGUAUGGUUGUCCUCCUCGUAUUCCUCCAAACGAAGAGAUCCUAUUUGUCGUACAGUUAGACGAUUACGUGGACAACGGAUGUGUUGCAGCAAUUGGAACCUUGCCUCCAGAAGAAAGGAAACAAUUUCCAAAUAUUGUUAAAAGAGUGAAAGCGAAGCUCAGUACUGGUAACGAUUACUUCAAACGGGGUAGAUGCAAACAAGCUAUAAGGGAAUAUACUAAGGCACUCGAGUGGAUGGAAGAAGCGAAAUUGGCAAAUGAUCAAGAGGAACAAGAGGCUAACGCCUUGCUCUCAAGGGGCUACAAUAAUCUUGCGAUUUGUUACAACAAGGAAAAUAUGCCACGCCGCGCGUGUAGCGCAUGUAACAGGGUUGUAACGCCCAAUGCUAAAACGUACUUCAAUCAUGGUCGGGCGUUAGCAAGAAUCGGAGAGUUCAACGAAGCCAUGAAAAAAUUACAAAUAGCUCGCUCGAUGGAACCUAGGGAUACUAAAAUAGAAAAAGAAAUUAAAUUUGUAAAUCAAAAGCGAAUAAAGUACGCCGAUCUUGAGAAAAAAUUGUGGAGAAACUGCUUGAACAUACCAGUAGAAGAGAAGAAGGAUCUCUCCGCUUUCGAGAAGGUUGUACAAGAUAUAUGUAAAGCAUUCGCUGAGGACCCGCAUAUAUUGAGACAGCCGCUUCCUGACUCUUUGACUCCGGAAGAAGACAAAUGUAUACGUGCGCAUGCCGCUUCAUUCGGCCUCUCGGUCACCACUCAUUACAGAUACGGCAAAGAAUUGACAUACAUCAGCAAACCAAACUAUUAACUAUGUGAUAUUAUCAAAAUACAAAUGUUCCUAUAACUUCAGUAUUAUGUAUGCAUUAACUACUAUUUUUUUAUA